CUUACAAUUGUCACAAAAUAUCACAGUACAAAGUAUCGCAUGAUAAAGUAUCGCAUUACAGAAUAUCAAAAUACAGAUAAGAGCAGUUAUGAAGGUACAGCAAGAUCAAAUUCAAGUAAUUGCAAAAUAAAGAAUGCCGUAAAUUAUAAGUAACAGUGAUGGUUUGCACACUAUCACCUACUGUACUAGGGUAACCCCUUCAUAUAAGACUUUAGUCCAAUAGUACAGAUAUAGACCACUGUCAUGCUCCAAAAUCUGUCUGUAUAGGGCUAAAUACAGUCAUGUUUUGAGGUUUAUAGAACAUUCACAGUUCAACUGAGUUACCAGGCCUCAAUUCUAUCACUAUAGACCAACCAAGGAUCCCACUGGGAUUAGCUGCUGCUGCUGCUGUUCAAAUCACUGCCUGCAGGAAAGGGUUGAGAUGAGAAUGCAAGAAGAGACGCUAAGGACAAGGCAAAUAGUAGGAGUUUUCAUCAUGUGCAACUAAUAGGAAUGGUAAUUUUACUGAAUUGUAUGCAUUGUGCAAUGUUUCAUGUUUUUCUCUGUACCUUAUUUUUCGGUGCCAGACAAGCUGCUUAUUAUUAUAUACAUAACCCCUCUACUGGCGAUAUACAGUAUUGCAAUAUAAUUAUGAGAGUGCUUUCCAAUAUAAAAAAGAAAAGCCACGUUUCUUAUAAUUUUGAUCUGUAUUUGAACAGCGUUAUUUAAAGGGUGUUUGUGAAUUUGAUGCAAUAAGUCAGCGUUUGUUAAUUAGUUGGUACAGUAUAUUGCAUGUGUAACCAUCAUUCAUGUCAUAAAUGAGCAUCUUUAGUGUCUCCAAAAUAACCUCCAGAUAACACAGUUCGCCUCCCGGGUGUGGAGUUGAAACACAUGUUCAUUUAAACACAAAUCAUCCAUUUGCGUGUUACUUGCUACCAAACAUUUUAAAAACUUACCAUAAAUGGUUCGACUGGUCUUUUCUGUUUAUGAAAUGUCAAUGACCUAGAUCUGGGCAAUGUAUCGUCUAACAUAUUCGUAAUUGCUUAAAUGCAACCAUAGGGAAUUUAACAUUUUCACUGUCAAAAUAAUAAGCUUAAAUCAUUGAAGAUCCCCCACAAAACACUGCAAAUUACAACAUAAUAUAAACUAUAUAUUGUUACUGGCACAAAGUCAUGUGCAGUGCGGCUUGUAUUUACGUAAGUAAAACAAACCAAAAAAAUUAUUUGGCUCCUUGACCGAGAGAAAUUUCACUACCAGAAUGUGUCAUCCGCAUACUUACUGCUUGGUACACGUGCUACUGUGUCGAUGCAUUGGUUGUUGUGAGGCGUUGUUAAAACACAAUGCCUGUUUACGGAAUUGGUUACAGUGACCUGGAACAGCACUACACCUAAAAUUACAACAGUUAAUACGUAGUGCUGUUUAACGAACUUCUGGAAUUACUAGAUUGUAACAUUGGAACGGAAAUCGUGUCUUACGCUGAUUUAUAGUCAAUUGUGUUUUAAAGCUUUUCUCCAUAGUGUAUUUCCUAUACAACUAACCUUAGUAGCUGCUGGAACGUAAACUCAUAUGAACCUCGUCUGUUUACGCCGUGUCACGGUUAAACUAAAUUGCUUAUUGGUAGCAGGGCCAGUCAUUCAACCCCAAUCACAUCAGGUUGGAGGUGGGGUCAUUAUCAAUGGGCGUGUAUUUCACUGCUGUCACUGCUAGUCGUAGGACUACUAGGAGAUGACUGAAGGCAGGAGGGACAAAAGGCGGGAUUAGCACAAGCAGAAUUAGGGUUAUACUGUGAUGUUUACUAUUCAAAUUGUAUUUCUUAGUGGUUGUUAAAGACAAGUAAAGGUAUGAUAUUACUCAUUGCUUUGUUGUGUGUAACAACAACAUGGACGCCAAAGAGUUUUAGAACUAGACCAAGUACUGACUGUACACAGUGUUUUCAGUUCUGUGUUUAUAGUACACAUAAUUGCUGAACUCGCAACAAUCUUUUGCAACAAUUUACGUUUUCUUUUCUGGUUCUGUAUUGAUUAUCUGUGUUUAAACCUGAAACCUGUAAAAGAGGCAAAUAGUCACAUUUGGUGGCGAUAGUGCAAACCCGAUUUUAAACGGUUGUUUACCAUUUCCUAAGAUAAUAAAUGAUGGCCCUCAGUGUUGAAGACAGAGCUGUUGGAGCGAUUAUUGGUGCGGCAAUAGCAGAUGCAGCAGCCCAGCCUCAUCACUGGAUUUAUGAUCUUCAGAAGCUGGAUGCCCUCUUGUUUGAAUGCCCCUGCCCAGAAUUCCGGGCUCAGUCUGCCAACCCAUUCUACCGUAGGGUAACUGGACAGCAGAGCUGCUAUGGGGAUCAGGCCUACAUUUUAGCUGAGUCUUUAGCAGAAUGUGGAGGUCUUAAUGUGGAGGAUCUUGCACAACGCACAUACAAGAUGUUUGGACUUGGCUCUGAAUAUGACACUCCAGUUAAUAAUCCUGAUCAUCCCAAGGGAGGUCCUAGACCCCAGCUCCCCAUUGAAGGACCCUGGAGACAUGCUAGCAUCAAGAGCUUCAUAAAGAACUUUGAAGCUGGGAAGAAAGAAACAGGCUGCAUCAACGAUGAACAGAUAGAUGGCAUUACAAAGUUGGCUGCAGUUGUAGCGUAUGCCGGAAAAUCAGAAAUGUUUGAGAAAGCUGAGGAGGCCAUUCGAAUCACACAGAACAGUGAUACCUGUGUGGCAGAGACAUUGGCUGCUGCAAGACUCCUGGAAUAUUACAUCCUGCAUGGUCCAGAUGAGAAAGCCCUGGAUAAUGUGAUAGAGCAGCUCAAGGACAAGAACAGAAUGAACCCACAGGAUCUAGACAGAGCUGUGGUUGGACACUUUCAGCAAGUGAAGGACAACCUCAAAUCACCCAAAAAGGUGAUACCUGAAGUGUUCACAAACACGAGUUUGUUUUUUGUUCUAGCCUUGCCCGGUGCAUUCCAGGCAGCGCUGCAUGGAGUCCUGACUGAAAGCACGUUCGAUCAGGCCGUCCGUAACACCUUGCGCUGGGGGGGCAACUUGUCGUUUUUUUAUUUAUUUAUUUAUUUAUUUACUAUGUUUUAGCUUGGAUUAUCAGGAAUUCCAGCUUUGUGGAAGAAUAAAACAUUCAGAUACCCCAUGUUGCUGGAACUUGCAAAGAAGAGUGCAAAAAUACAUGGAUAUUAGAGUACGUGGAUAUCUUUUUUUUUCUUUUGUAAUACAUGGAUACACUUGUGAUGCUAAUAUUAAAGACGACGAGGUUCGGCAAUAGUUUUUUUUUUAUUUUAUUUGUUUAUUUAAAACGUAGUGUUUCGGUGCUGUACAAACAUUCUACGUCCUUAUCCAUUUCUCCAGUUUCUCAGCGAUACAAAGAGAUACAUUGAUUGAUUUAUUUAUUUGUUUGGAGUGAUUGAAAAUGAGAUAUUUUGUGUUUGAAUUGAAAACGACGGUCUCAAAGUCGAAUAGGUCAAACUUCAAGUAUAUUUUCCUCUAGAGGAAUUUAGAGCACUUUUUGACAUCACUGCUGUGGUAUUAUGCCCUUUUUUCUAAUGGCUCAGGAUGCAAAUAUAGCCUUCAUCCAUAUAUAU